UAUUGCUCCGACGUUUAUUUGAAGUUGCAGGCAGAGUGUUUUGGAGGUAAAUGCCUUAAAGGUGUGGCGUGUGCUGACUUAAAUUUAAGUGUCAAAGACUCUCCACCAGCUAACAACAAUGGGGAAAAAGAAGAGUACAGCAGAAGCUGCUGCAGAUGAAACUCCAGUGCUGAGAAAGUCUCAACGGUUGUCGGACAAAGAGUCACAACAGCCGAAACCAGAGCCAAUGAAGAAGGUGGUUAAGACCAAAAAGGUGAAGGGUCCGGCAAAGGACAAAUCAGAGGAGACGAAAGAGGAACCUCAGGAUGAAAGAAAAGAGGCCCCUGCUGAAGACGGAAAGGCCCAAGUUGAAGAGGCCACUGCUGAAAAUGGAAAGGAGGAGAAAGACGAAGAUCAGAAAGCAGCCGAGUAGUGCACCCUCCAUGCUUCUUAAAUGCCAAGUGCACAUCAUAUUUUCAACUGCUAUUUUCUGAAGCGUUUUUAGCGACAUGAAUGCAGAGAUGCAUUUUAAUUCUGUCUUCAAAUGCCAUUUGAUUUCAUGGCUGCGAUGAAGGGAAUAUGUUGGCCUUUGUGUUGGCCUGUGUUCCACCUGUUGUGUUCCUCCCUUGCAGACUUCUGUUGCUUUUAGGCUGUAGUUUUCAACCCUCAUCAGAAAGCUGAUGUAAAACUCUGAAUUAGCUUGGAGCUUCAAGGGAUUUUUGUAAACCGUACUGUUUUUAAACUCAUACCACCUUACUAUCGCUGUGCUUGUUAAACUGAAUGAUUUAAACAUGAGUGUUGUGUUUCGUCUUGAUUUUUGUUGUUUGAUGUUAAAUCAUGAUUUUUAGUGCUAGAAUUUCUUUAGUUGCAUCAUAAGAGAGAAACUGCUGUUUGAAUUUUUAAAAAUCUCAUGUUGCAGUCUAUGCACCUGGUGAUGGUACAUUUCUAGUCCUCCGCUUCACUAAAUGCGACUUAACUCACAUUUCCACUACGGUCGACAAAAAUAAUGUGCUACGCAUUUGUGGAUAUAUUCUUUGUGACUUCGGGACAUUUCCCCACCCCUCAUUGUUAUUCAUUGUUUUUGUUUUUUCACGGUUAAUAAAGACAUCCUUUUACAUUAAUAA